AUCUCAUAUUGCCAAGGUUACUGUUACUUUUAAUAUAUUUAACAUCUUAUUUGAUUGCUUAUUCGUCAGUCUGUGGUCGAUUUACGUUACGAUCACAAAUAUCCGAAUACUUGAUAAAAUAUACUUUUAAAGCUUACAAUAAGUUUAGGUUAUUAAACUGAGCAUCAUUCACGAAAACAUCUAUAGGAUUUUAUCUAUUUUCUAUUUGUCUUUAAUGUUAAUAAUCAAGUAAUAGUAAAGACAUACUGUUUUCUAGAAGAAAAGGUGGUAAUAAAUUGAAAUAAGAACUUAUUAAAAUGCCGAAAACAUUUUUGAUACGGAAAAAACAGGGAUUAAAAAAUGUAUGGUGCGCACCAGAAGCAGAGGUUUUCGGACAUAUCGAUUACAGGAAUUCGGAUGAAUCUUUUCGGACAGGUUUCCCUGUUACAUUGAACAUUUCUACUCAUGAACUUCCGUCUCCGCUAGCAGCAGACGGACCGGAAAGAGAACCUACGUCAUCAGAACCUGUAUCACGUGACCACAUACGUUCCGCUUUCGAAUAUUGGCCAGCCGUUAAACAACGCCUGCUACAGUCUCCACCGCAUAAUGCGUUUCCCCAGAGACCAAACAUUUUACCAUUUGGCUUUCAGUAUUACCAAACUGACAAAAUUAUACACGCUGAUUUAAACAACAACAGUAAUAACAGGGACAGACUGAUAGCCUCGUCGCCGCCAUUUUCUCCAAACUCUCCAGCUCAAACAAACGCUUUUAUUCCAAGAGACAAAGAUUCGGAUCUCCUUGCAUCUAGUCCUCUGGGUGCAUGCACAACGAAUUUGGAUUCUUUUCUAUGGCAUGCCCAUAACUUUUACAAUAACAAUUAUCCAGGAUUUGAAUACAAUCUAUGUCAACGGCGACUGUCACAAUCUUUACAUCCUUACAAAGUUCCAGAAAAAACAGUCGUCGACUGGCCUUUUGGGUGUUUGAAUAAACUUACAAAAGAUCAUUCAAGCUUAAAAUCUUCACCGACUCUACCAGAAACACAAAAUAAACCACUUAAUGUUCCUAAAUCUCCGCUCGUUACUCCUUCAGCAGCACAAAAUAUCGAGCUGAUUAAUGGCGGGUACGGAAUAAAGAAUCCAUUAUUGUCCCCAGAAUGCAACAUUGUCAAAGACACGCCCACACCGGGAAUAGUAACCAACUGCACUAGCUACAGAGAUACGAAAUUCAGCUGUAAAAUUUGCGGGAAAUGUUUCGAGUUCCCGAAGCUACUACAGCGCCAUCUGAAGACCCACUCUGACGUAAAGCGUUAUUUAUGUACGUUUUGUGGGAAAGGAUUUAACGACACAUUCGACCUGAAGCGACAUACGCGUACACAUACAGGUGUCCGUCCGUACAAGUGUGACAUGUGUGAUAAAGCGUUUACACAACGGUGUUCCUUGGAGUCACAUUGUCGCAAAAUACACAAUGUCGAGUUCCGGUUUGGCUACAAAGAGAGACGCGGGAAAGUGUACGUCUGUGAAGACUGUGGUCACGUGACAAAUGACCCGGAAGAACACUUUGUUCAUAUUAAAGACAGUCACCCUUAUAACCCGACUAUUUUAAGAUGCUACGAUAAAAGACAUUUCAAGUUUAAUGACGAUAAUAUACAGAAAAUUAAAAACAGCUAGCUGUAUGUGUCAACAAUUAUGACAUAUGGUUCGGCCAUGGAAUACUUUGCUCUCUUAUUGUAAAAAAAAUAUGGUGACGAGAGUUACUUUGCAUGCUAAUGGCUUGAUCAAUCAUUUGUAUAAUAUUUAUAUUUCAAAAAUAUAUACAAAAUUUCGA